AGCAGAGCACGCUGCGGCUUCCCUGGGCGCACCGGUAGGUUGCCGCGGUGGCCCGACCGUCACACAGUGGCCCUUCGCUCCACCACCAGCAUGGCGACCUCUACCGCUUCCCAUCGGCCCAUCAAGGGGAUUUUGAAGAACAAAAGCUCCACUGCUUCUUCGGUCGCGGCCUCCAACCAGCAGUCCGGAGGGGUCAUUCAGGAGGUACAAAGAAAAAAGUCCCAAAAGUGGGACGAAUCGAACAUCUUGGCGACAUACCGUCCGGCGUACAGAGAUUACGACUUCAUGAAGUUAAACGAACCCAACAGUCCCCACCUCGGCCCGCCAGAUGACGGGGAAGACGCCCUGAAUGAUCUCGAAGCCAAAGAAGCCAUGACCCCGGACAUUUUAACUAAGAAGCUAGCCGCCACUAGUACCUCCGAGUUCAACCGUCAGGUGGGGGAGCCUGAAAACGACGGAGCACACAGCAGCAGGAUCUUUCUCGAUAGGCAUGAAAAGCAGCGGCAGUUCGAAAUGAAAAGGAAGCUGCACUACAACGAAGGCAUGAACAUCAAGCUCGCUAGACAACUGAUCUCGAAAGACUUCCUACACGACGACGACGAAGAAACUCUGCCUGGGAACAACGAAGACAACAUGGCCACUGAAAAAUCGGAUGAAGCACCAGCAACUGAUGAACUUCUAACCCGCUCGUGCCACGCCUAGACAACAUCUGCUCCACGCCACACUCGUUUGCCACAUACAGCCUCACUUCCGUUCCGCCGUGCCACCGCCGCCGUGCAACUCCUGCUUUAACACCGAAAUACUUGUCGGUUACACUGUACCUCUGUAAUUAAACGGUAACUGUAGGAAAUAAUACCCUACCUACAAAAUGA